ACUGUUCAGUUCCCUUUUCUUAAAUGCAGGUAAAACAUUUGGGCUAGUCUAGAACCCAAAUCCUUGUAUUUCAGGAAAAAGUGUUGAAUAAAGCCAUGAUAAUAGGGUUUUUGUGUAAGGGUAACUCAGAAGGAAAAGGGUUACUGGGCAAGCAUUCCCACACCCCAUAUGUAUUAGCUACUCAGUUAAUUCUAGAAUAUCCCGGAGAUCAAAGUUGAUCCUGAGACAAGGAGCCAGGAUUCUUGCUGCUGCUCUGUGGAAUUAAAGUGCAAAUGUCAGUCGUUCUCACAGCCUUUGAGCAAUCCAUCAGGAUAGGGUAUAGACUUUUUUAUUAACGGUUGUCUUGUCCACUGCUGCCCUCUCAUUGCUGUUUCACGUGCUUGACACUUAAUAGGCGUGUCAUAAAUAACUGUUGAUUGGAUGGGUAAGUGCAAGAAUAAAUGGAACAGACAUUGAACCUGGCUUUAAGGAGAAAUUAGUUUAUGAGGUUGGCGUCACAGGUAAAGUUAGAAUAUAAACCACUCAGCAGUUUAUCAGAAAAAGGCAAGUACUUAGGUGAAGGUGGCAGUAGCAGAAGUGAGACUUACAAACUCAGAGUCGGUGGCCGACCGCUGCAGGGUGGGGCGGCAGGAAGGCUAGGUACAUUCCAGAGAGGCACAGCGUUGUUGUUGUUUUUUUAAGUAUAUUUCACUUGUAAAUUAGUUUACCUAUUGAAUUAUUUUGGGAAUUCUGGAUGACUGUAGCUUAAAGAUAUCUGAGUUGCUUUUUUCUUAGGGGCUGGUGACAUUCCUCAGCGAACGAAAUGACGGAAACUCCCAACGUUUCUAAAACGCUGGGAUGGAAAGGUUGUACUUUCUGGUACUUGUGCGCUGCUUCCCGGAAAGCGCAUUCCUACGUUCGCCUCCCCCGCCCAAACAAACAAGCCGCCGAGAGGGAGGGUCACAUGGCCUGUGUCCGCAAUCUAAUUGGCUGAGCUUGGGGGCAUGCGUCUGCGGGCACACGGGUUUCCUGUGCCCUGAUUGGGUGCGCAAAGGAGCAGGUGGCCCGUCUGGUGCUGCAGAGUUUUCGGGAAACGUGGGACCUGCUCCCGGGAUUUGGCCGCAGUUUCUGGGGCUCAGGAACACGGCGGGCCGCGGGGAUCCUGAGCUGGAGGUGGGUGGGAAGAACGAAGCCAGAGACCCAGGAGUCCUGGGCCUUGUACAGAACCGAUGCCGACAGGGAGGUGACAAGAUACAUUUUGACAAGCUGGAGAGAAGCCCAAGUGGACUAACUGAAGUCCCACAGGGACAGGCUCUUCUGGGGAGAAACUGUAAGGUAAGCCAGCUGCUUUGUCCGGUGCUUAGCCAAACACUGGGAUCUGUUCCAACCCUGGAGGAACCCCUGCCUGCGCUGGACUUAAUGGAAGAUGGUAUGAUGAGUAUAUUCUGAGUCCCAGGACGGUGGGAAUUAGCCAGUGGAUUACAGGUGCGUUCAUUACUUUACCCAUUUUACAGAUGAGGAAGCUGAAGCUUAGGCCACUCAGCUGCCCAGUUACAGAGCCCACAUUUAUUAUGACUUCUGCUCAAACUUCAUGAAUAGAAAAAGGAUUGCUUAGAGGUGGCACAGGAAAAGUCACCCCUACCGGUCAUGCCAAAAAGUGAGUACCAACAACAAAUUUAGGGAUUUUUACGAAAACUUGUCUGUAAAAUUAAAUUUGAAAUGAUCUAUAUGCCUUUGAAGUAAUUGCAGCUUUUUAGACAGCUUUCUGAAAAUCCAGGUCUGCCUCUAAAAGGGUGUGUGAUGGUACAAUUUUAGUAGCAAUUCAAGUUUCUAUUUCUAAAUCUUACUCCAAGGUAAACAAUACUUAGUAAAAACUGGCUCACAUUCAGUUGAGUUUGAAUUUUGUAACUAUGCAACCAGUUCAUUCUGACACUCAAACAUGUGGACUAUAUGUGCAUGGCCUUCUCUUAAGUAAUGAAAAAGUUAUGAAAAGCACAGGCCAUAUUUUCACUCCAUUCAGCAAAUGCAAGGAACCCUCACUAUUAAAGUCUGUCCAGUUCUAGUUAGAGUGAAAGACAUCCCUGUGCAGUAACUACUAAUGCCAGGCAUGUUGUGCUUUACAACCGUGAGAAUGGAGUACCACUGUUUCACAGAUGAGGAGACUCAGGCAGAGCUUAGAGUAAGCCAGAGUCAAUGGGAAUGUUUGCUCAAGGAGGACAGUGGCAGCCAAGUCCAGUUGGGGCAGGGUUCUCUGUUGGGGAGUGGCACAAGAUACACCACAGGCCCAUCUAAGAGGUGGGAUCUCAUUCCAAGUGUGAUAGGAAUGCCUUGGAGAGUUUAGUUGAUGCUUGUUGUCCUGACGCGGUUAUCAGUGGUGCACUCCCUCUUUGACUUUCACAAGUGUCUCAGUUUGGGAUGUAUUAUACCUUAUAUGGUCACUUUGAUACUCUAUUUUUUUAGAUACCUAUUUUGAGAUACCUACUUGAUAUCUGAGCAGGGAUGUCCAACAGGCAAAUGGCCAAGUCUGGAGGUGGGAAAAGUCAGAACAGGAGAUAGGUAUUCAGGGAUCACCUGCGUAUCUUUGGUAUUUAAGCUGUGUGGCUAAAUGAUACUGCCUAGAAACAGAGAUAUAUUUGUAGUAGUGGCUGGCCAAGCCUAGAAAGGGUUGACCAGAGAAAGAAGUCUGCCAAGAGGCGGCCAUGGUCAGUAGUACUGAAUGCCAUAAAAAGGUCAACUAAGAUACAAAGAAGUGACCAAUGGAUUUGGCAAAAAAGAAAUCAGUUGGGCCUAUCCAGAGUGAUUCUGGUAGAAUUAGUAAGAGGGCAACUGGAGUGGCUUGAGACAUUAAGAGAUGAAGAGGAGGCAGGGGCUCUAAAGUUUUUUGAGAAAUUUUGCUGUGAAAGAAACAAAAAUGUAGAUUGUGAGAUUCAGAGUAGUUUUUCUUUUUAAGAAAGAAAAUGCUGGAACAUGUUUAUAUGUGCUGAUGGGUAUGACCCAGGAGAGAAAUGGAUGAGUUGGAAAAACUGCAGGAUUAACAUCCUUGAGGAAGUGACGGUGGGCUGACUGGCUAAGAGCAGAGAUCUGGUCCUGGUCCGGAGAGCACGGGAAGACAGGCAGGUUGACGUGCAGUGGGCAGAGGGAGAGGAAGGAGAGUUGCUUUCUGGCUGCCUCUUUACAGAGGAGACAGUAGCAAAGGGGAAGGGGAACAGGAGGGGUGUAAAGAGGAGGUAUGAGACAGUCACUGAGAAGUCGGAAAGUGAAUAGACAAGAGGUUAUGUAAGAAAAUUUGACAGUUGAGUGGCCAUUACUUUAAAAACCGCCUCGUCAGUACAGUGCUCAGGCCCAGCCAGAGAACCAGAGGCAGUAAUAGUUAUAUAAUUUAUAGUAAGACAUUUGUAGCUAAUUCUAACAUGAAAAGAUCAAAUUUUCUAAGAAAUCUACCUUUGUGGUCAUUCAGUGUACUAUUUUCCCUUACACCAAAUCCAGUCCAUUAUUUUUUAAGUCCUUGAACCUCAGCCUUUUUCCAUUCUUGCAUUAUUAUUCAGAUCUUCCUAUGAAUAAAAUUUUAAAUAUUUUAAGGCAACAAAAUAGCAAGGGGAGAUAUACUUAGAUAAAACACUAGAGGUCAAAUUUUAUUUCCUCUGUGAAAAAAGGCUCUAAUAAUAAAAUUAAAUUUCCUUUAAACAAUUUAUGUAUAAUUAUACCAAAUUCAUUUCUGUGACAAAUGUGAUAAGCUUCAAAAUAAGUAUGAUCCCUGGACGACUUCUAGCGAGCUGAAGUUCAACAGCCUAGUAAUAAGUAAGCAUACAUGCGGCACUGAAUGCUGACAGCAGAAUGAAGGGCUAGUUAGUGGGUGGUCCCAUUGUGUUUCUGGAUUCAAGCUGUAGAAGAUGUUGACUUAAAUCUAAUCCAGAAGUGAUACUGGAAAUUCAACUAACCUUGAAAGUUAGCCUGUUCAGUAUUUGUAAAAAGAUUAAACAUACUUCCUCCUCCUGAGCUAAUGGACAGCACCUGACCAAUAACUAGAUGCCCAGUAAAUGUAAUUUUCUACCUUCCUUCAACUGGUGCCUAUCUGUUUUGAGUCAUUUCUGUCCAGUGAAGGUUCCUGGACCUAAGCUGGUUCCACAGCUAAUGAGGACAGAGGGAGGUGCUCCCUACUUUGUCAGUUCCCAAAUGUUACAGAACACAAAAUCACCUGCACAGGUUAAACUGCAGUCUUGGGCCCCAUCCUGCAGAGAUUCAGCAAGUUGGGGUAAAACCUAGUAAUAUGUGUUUUUAAUCUUAAAUAUCAGGUUGUUUAAAAUACACUUAAUGUCAUUGUUGUGUUAGCAUCAAAAUACAUACUGAGAUGUUUUGUCAUGUUCAUGCAUCAAAAAAAUUUAAAAGCUGGCUUCAGUGACUUCUGAACCUCUGUGUAACUAAAAAUUUUAUGACUACCCUGUUCUGUAAUUUCCUUUAUUUCCUUAGAUCUUUAUGAAACAUUUCAUCUUUUGCAGAUCAUAGUGCUUUAUUAAGAUUCAUGUACUUUUCCCAUUCCUUUAAUACAAAAAAAUUAUUCAAUCAUCAGUUAUUUUCAUCUGACAUUUCAGUAAGUACAGGAUUCUGAAUGUCAACAUUAUUAACCAGUAAUUCAAGUGGGUCACACAAGUUUAUCCUCAUUGUGCCAAACACCCACUCAAAAGAUAAGCUGAAUAACAGAUGCCUCCGGAUGUAUACAACAACCUUAGUUUCUUGACGUGAACUUUAAGGUUUAACAAGUCAAAUUGCUAAUCUACGAAAAUAAACUGGAAAAGAUACAAGUGUACAGCUGUACAUAUCAAAUGGCAAGUUCAUGUCAACCAGACCCUCUAUAACUGCUCCUUUGUAUAGUUUUUCUGCUAUCAUUGCAAAAGCCUCUCCUAAACAAAGUUAUGUUUAGAGUUGAAAACAAAUAUAAGAAAAAAUAUACCAGAUGGCUUUUCUAUAGCAGAAAUUAAUUGCCACCAUUUUUCCUCAAGUAAUUUUAGACAA